AUGCAUGACUCACUGACGAUGCCGACUAUGAUCCCGGCGAAACGUCUGGGAAUGUACUACGUCCACGGUCAGACUCUGGAAAGUAUGCUGCAUACAAUGGACUCCGGACAAGGCGCUUUCUUCUACCUUCUUGAUCGUUUGUCUGAGGUUCAAGAAGAGAAUUGUGUUUUCCGACGCCAGAUCGCCAGAUUGGAAAGUGAGCUGGUAGAGAAACGGCGCACUCUUCAAGCCAUACUUGAUGGUUGCCUCGAAGUUAAGCCUACCUCUGCAAACUCUUCACAUUUUCAGUCGUCCUCAUCCUCGUCUUUGCUUGUAUCCGGCACUGACGACCCAAUUGCAACAUCUCUUCCAUCUUCUCGCACUCCUUAUGAGAUUACCAACAAUGGCCCUGCAAUUGGAUCGCCUUCUGCUGCCUUUCGCCGUCUGGCUAGUGUAUCUAAACAACUGGGGCCGCAAAUUGAUGCCCAAAAUAUUCAGCGUUUGAAGCAGAUGUGCGAAGAGCUUAUUGCCCGUAACCUCAUACUUGAGGAUCUGGUGCGCCAUUUUGAAACAAGACAGUCGGAAUCCACUCAACAUGUUACUCCACACACAGGGAAGCUUCUCAUUUGA